GUGUGUGUGUGUGUACCAACUCUGUGUCUGGUAGCCAGAAGAGGCCAUUGUAUGUCCUGCCGUUGGAAUUACAGGAGGCUGAGUCACCUGACAUGGGUACUGGGAACUGAACUUUGGUCGUCUGCAAAGCAUGGAGUGCUGCUCUUAAACACAGAGACGCUGCUGUCCAUGGCCGAGGAGCAGGGAGGCCCAGGAAGGCACCGGGCUGGGUGUGUCUUGAGGAGCCACAUGCCAGAACUUUUUCUUUCACUUUCAUGCACUGGCUAUAUAAUGCCCAGAGCUUGUGCCUGGUUGUCUCUCAGACGGGCAGCUGGUGACUGGAUCCAUACAGCGAAGGACAGCAGGGACACAUCCAAACUUGCCUACAGGAAAAUUCCUUGCCCAGACACCUGCAGGACAGUAAGAAGUCCAAUGGCUCAUGCUCUGGACCGAGCAGCAGUCAGCAAAGUGGCACGCCGCAGUGUUGAAGAACUCACUGAUUUUCUCACAGAAGUACUCUGCAAAAGAGACCUGAAGAGCCUGAUAACUGAAGAUGGAGUCUGGAAGGGAUUUGUGGAAGCAGCAGAGUUGUCAAGUGAGGAGGAAGCUGCGCUGUAUGAUGCUCUGAAAGAGCAUUUACAACAGCAUCCCACAGAUGAAAAUGACGGCCCUCAAAGGGAACAGGAGAAAGAGAGGUUUCUACGAGUGUUUCCUCAGCUGAAAAAGAAACUUGAGGACCAUAUCAAGAAGCUCCGAGACCUGGCUGACCAUCUUGACCAGGUUCACCAUGGCUGUACCAUCUCCAAUGUGGUGUCUAGCUCUGUUAGCACUGUCUCUGGAAUCCUUGGUUUGGUUCUGUUACCCUUUACAGGAGGGGCCAGUCUGAUACUCUCAGCAACCGCCGUGGGGUUGGGAGUGACAGCAUCUGUGAAUGGUCUUGUGACUAACAUUGUAGAAGAAUCAAUCAAACUGUCAGAUGAAUCUGAAGCCAGUCGCCUGGUUGGAGCCAGCAUGGAUGUACUUGGGGAGAUUCUAAAGAUCACACCUAAGAUCACAAUCAAGCUUUAUAAUACAGGCAAGGAGUUAGUCGAGGCCUUCAAAACCCUCAGGGAUCAGAUCCGAGCCAUCAGGAGAGCCAGGUCCAUCUCUCAGGGUGCAGCAGCUGCCAGGAGCCUCACCUCCACUGGAAGAGGCUCUGUCCAAAGUGCUAGAGAGAUGGGGGCUGCCUUCACGGGCUCUCCUCUCUCAACGACCAGAGGAGCCAGGUUUGGAGCAGCAGGGGUUACAAGCUUUUUCCUUGCAUGGGAUGUGUAUCACCUUGUGGCAGAUUCCAUGGAUCUGUAUGAUGGGGCAAAAACAGAGUCAGCUGGGGCACUGCGGGAACUGUGUCACAAGCUGGAUGACAAGGUGAAAAUAUUUGAGCAGAUAUACAAGGCACUGCAGUCAGACCUGCCUCAGUGACCCCUCCUCCAAGCAGCUAAGUGUUCAGGGGACAGGGGUGGGGACAGUGGAGGUAUGCUGUAACAAGGGGAACAGCCAAUGUUGAGGUGAUGGAACAGAUUAUGGAGGCCUUUGAAUUUCUCUGGGUGAACAGAGCUAGGUCAAUGCAGGUGGCCAGAGAUGCCAGGAGAAGGGGAAACUGGAGUCUAAAAGGGUGACCAGAGUGACCUAGAGUGUGGGUAAUGGGAUUGUAACAUGGUGGGUAUGGUCAGGGAGGGCUGUACGGUACAAGUAAUGAGAAGUCAGGAAGCCUGGGGAGCAGAAAAUGGGGGAGAGCCAGAGUGAGAGUCAAGGCAGAUUUACAUAAGACUUUACACAGUGGUAGGAAUGGAGAUGAAGCCAACACUUUUGUGACAGGAGGUUGGGCAUGUGGCUCUCAGCUCCUUCUCAAUCUGUGGAGGCUCACUGGACACGGUGGUGUCUCAGAUCAAUGGGCUCUUGUCUUCUUGCCUUCUAUAGCCUUGUGUUCAAUAAAUGUCAACUGGCUGGUCUGGAAUAUGGCGUAAAAGCAGUCACUUGCAACCUCGGGCCCACAGGUAUUGGCAGAUUCCGGAACUCUGAGGUGACAAACAUUGGCCUCACUUCCUAGUGUUGUCACAAAGCGUGCUGAGCAGUUUCCUAGAAGAUCUUUUUAAUGUCCAAGUGGGAUGGGUUCUGCUUCUGUCCCUGAAUUUAGAAAUAGAGCCAGUACAGUAUCUUAAACCCUGCCAUCCUGACUGUUCCAGCCCAUUCCUCACUCUGAUUAUUAGGACCCAUCAUGGUGGCUCAGCAAGAUGAGCUGUGGCUCUGUGGACAUUUACAUGGUCCUGUCAUAGUAGGCCUGUGACUCAGUGGACAUUUACACGGUCCUACACGUGUGUUUUUCUCUGCCAAGCUGAAGUCAUGCGAUGUUAAGAAGAGAAAAAUCAAGAGAAAGAACUAUUAAAAAUAUAGCAACAAAUAUCUCUCUUCGAGAAAACGUGGUCUCCAGCAUCUCAUAUCUUAGGCUCUGUCUCGGCUCAGUCUCUGGUUGUGGAGUGAAGGCCAAUGCCUCUUCCUCAGCCAGUCUCCUCAUCUGAAAAACCACAGGACGGCCCCUUGUUACACUUCGUAAUCACACACUGAUUUGAAAAAUGGGGAAAGAUUUGUAUUCCAGGGAAUGAUUGGAAGACUCCAAUCAAAUGGCGAACUAAAUGUGUUGAAACUGUCAGGUUUAGUUCCUGUGUAGUUCUUUGCUCUUCCUCCCUCAAACUGGGAGGAUAUGGUAAUCAAACCCAGUAACAUUUGGGAAAAACCAAACAGACGCGAGAGGAAGGGUUUCGUUACCCCUGGUACCCAGCUCCCAUCAGUCUCUCCUCCUGGGACAGAGCAGAGGUGGCACAUAGCCAUCCAGCUGUAGGCACCUGGUAGAGCAGAGGACUUUCUCCUCUCAACCAAAGGGACACCUGCUUCUUGAAACCAUCAGUCCUCCCCCCAAGGUGCUUGCAACCACACUCACGAAUUCUGCAGGAUGAGCUGUGAUUCUCACUGUGGAGGCCCAACGUUGGAGACCACACUCAGAAAACAGAACAAGAAAAGGAGUCAGUACCUCUGGAGGCCAUGAGGGCUGCAGGGCCCUUGGGGCCUGAUCCUUGGGGUCUCAAUGGUUUUCUCACAGCUCUCUGUUAUUCUAGGAUAAAAGGAAGAGAAAAACAAACUGUGGGAUAAAGUGGGGACAACUGUGAUGAAGGCUGGUCUCAUGGUCCUUUCUGGACAGCAGAGCCAGAGAGGUCAGUUAGAUCCCAAUUAGAUCCAAGGAAAACAUGAUCAGCUGUAGACAAGGCCAUGAGAACGGACUGAAUCUGCUCAGGAGAGAUGAGAAGCAAGGGUCUGGCCCCUGGGGUGGGAACUGUGUGUCGCGGUGAUCGAUGACCGGUAAUAUCAUCUGGGGCUCUGCGAAGAGAAGAAACCCUGAGUCUCACGCUUGGCUCUGUCCAGCGUCAAGAGGGCAUCUUAUUAUACAGUGCAGUGAGAAAGUUUUGCCAGUCACAGAAGCUGGUGCCUGGCACAUGCUCUGAGCCUCCCCAGCCUCCUACUGUGGACUAAGUAAAUGUCUAUAUCAGUAAAUCAU